AUGCUUCAUCAACAUCAGCAUCAUCAUCAUCAACAGCAACUGAAAAAACGAUCACCCAAACCUACCACUACCACUACCACUACUACCACUUUCGUCGAUAAUCAUCAGUUGAGUUUCAGACUUUCACUUCAUUCACUUCAAGCUCGAUCUAAUCGACUCUUACAACCAACUCGGGUUCGAAAAUUAGAUUCUGUAGCUGGUGCAACUGGUACAUCUAUCCCUGAAUUACCUGGUCGUCAUAUCUUAGUCCCACCUUGGGCCAGCAUUGUUGUCUAUUCAGUUAUCCUAUCAUUCUUAAUUCUCACCGGAGCUGGUUUCAUUUUAUCUUGGAAUGCUCGCCGCGAAUUCAGACGUAGAGUCGCUAUACAAAAAGCCGCAGAUGCACUAGACCAACCCGCUGCUCCAAUCUCCCGAAAGGAUGUCAAAUCUUUCACGCGGCAAUCUAUCAUUCAACUUAACUCCUCUCGAAACCCUUCUACCUAUGCUCCACCAUUCCGAAUCUCUCGAGCCGGCGACCUUUUACCCAUCAAUGUCUUUGAUCGUCCCACUAGAUACUCUAUGGUAGUGGCUGAAGUCGUUCCUAGCCUUGAACAAACAGAGACUGACGACUUUUAUCGAUUCAGUCAAACUGCUCAGCGUCCUAGUUUCUGGGAAUUACGAAAAUCACGUGCUAUCUCACUAAGUCACCUAGCUGUUCCUCAACUCGAAAUCACACCUCAUGAUCAAUCAACCGAACUAGCUGAAGUGCUUGACGGUGUCAGCUGGGAUCGCAAUUGUCAUUCGACCUUCACUCGCACUCCCGUUCGACGUGACCCUUCUGCAUCUUCCUCUGCGCCUACCGAUCACACUUUUCAUGAUCCACCUUCAUUAGUACCGGUCGCUUUAGAAGAUGCGCCUUAUCAUCCACCCAAUCGCUCUACAUCCCUUCACAAACAUCGCUCUCCGUCUCCCUCCGGCCAACGAACGAAAAAUUCGGAACACCUGUCCGGCCAACUCUUUCAAACGUCACGCGAUGAUUCAGAAGAGCCAUCUAUUUCACACACACCCACAUAUGGACUUUCACCCACUCCUAGCUAUAUAAUGAGAGUUUCAGAGUCCAAUGUCGACCCGGAUCAAGCUAUGGCAGACUAUGCAACUAACUCUCAACGUCCCUUAUCACCUUGGGCCUCAAACUCAUCCAUGGGUCAUUCAUUAAAUGACACAACUAUUCCAUCUCGCUCUACGUCACCCCUCAACCUCCCUAGGAAACUCUCCAAGAGAAUUUUGCGCAGACCAUCAAAUACUUUGCGAGAUGAUUCAGGUGACGGAUCUACUAGAUCUCAAACUCCUUCAUCUGACAAGAGGCCUCACCUGCCUAGCCUCAAUACCAUGGAGAUGAGAGUACCAGAACCCAGCUCGAUGCCAGUUGACCCAGACAAAGCGAUGGCUGAGUAUGCGAUUAACCGACAGAACAGUGCCUCGACCGCUCCUAAUCCUAAUAAGGGCCUUCGCAUGCUUGCCAAACUAGACGAAGUUGGAUUUACGAUGGUAGGACUGGACGAAUUGCCCAUGGUAUCCUCACCCAUCUCUCAGUCACCUUCUCCGGCUUCACUCCCGUUUCAAUCUAGCCUGAACCCUUCAAUGUCAAUGACUCGGAAACCAUCAGUGAAAAACUUGCCCCUGAUACCCGAACAAUCCUUAUCAAGACCUAGACCAACUUUGGAACGAUCAGGUUCUAGUGCCGCUCGUAGGAACCCAAGCCUUCCUACCUUGGGAUCAUCAACAUUGGCACCCGCACCAUCAUUGGUACAAAGAUCAGCUUCUGCAAGGAUUGUACAUCGUCAUCAACGUAGACCUAUGCAACUUGAAUCAAUUGAGGAAACGCAAGCCAAGAGUAACCAUCGGAGGUCGGUCUCUUUGAAUGGUCUUCAACCCAAAAUGAUUCCAAUUAACAACACAAGGGUCAGAAGAUCACCGUCUUCAUCUAAUGCACCUGUGAUGACAGAGAAGGUGACUGGAAAUAGUGGUAUCAGGAGACCUCCACCUAGAAUGCCACUUUCUGGUACAAUGUCAUCUGGGGGGGUUAGGAAUUCGUCAUUUGUUCCUUAA